AUGUACAACAGCCUAGACCGCCGUUCCCGCGACGCCAUCGCUGACAUCAAAGACACCCUAAUCGGCAUCGCAAUCCACCCCGAACUGAUGCCCGACUCUGCCGGCUAUUACUGUCCGUCGUCGUCGUCGUCGUCGUCGUCGUCAUUGUCGUCCAGGAUGAAUCAACAUCAACAGGGUGGUGGUGGUGGCUCCCGCUCCUUCGCGAGCACACCUUCACUUCGGAGUAGAGACCCAAACGUGCUGCCUCUGCUCGCAAAGAAGAACGCCGGGGCCAAUGUCAAGGUCGUCGUGAGAGUUCGGGCGUUUCUGCCUCGAGAAAUCAAACGCAACGCCGAAUGCCUCAUCGAAAUGGACCCCGAAUCCCAAACCACCACCCUCCACCCCCCUUCUUCCUCCUCCUCCUCCUCCGAGCGCAAAUCCCGCAAGAUCCUCGAAUCCAAAUCUUUUACUUUUGACCACAGCUACUACUCCCACAACCCCUCCUCCCCCCACUACGCGACCCAAGCCCACAUCUACGACACCCUCGGCGAAGAAUUCCUCGACCACAACUUUGAAGGCUACCACACCUGCAUCUUUGCCUACGGCCAGACCGGCUCGGGAAAAUCCUACACCAUGAUGGGCACCCCCUCCCAGCCGGGCCUGAUCCCACGGACGUGCGAGGAUUUGUUUGAGCGCAUCCACGAGGCGCAACGGGAGAUGCCCAACAUUUCCUACAAGGUCAAGGUUUCGUACUUUGAGGUGUACAACGAGCACGUCCGGGACUUGCUCGUGGCUCCCAAAGUUGACGCGGCGGCGACGGGGCCGUAUUAUCUGAAGAUCAGGGAGUCCCCGACCGAGGGGCCGUACGUGAAAGAUUUGACAGAGGUCGGGGUGGGCGGUCUGGACGAGAUACUCAGGUUGAUGAGAGCAGGGGAUGGGAACAGGACGGUGGCGUCGACGAGGAUGAAUGAUACUUCCUCCAGAAGCCACGCCGUUUUCACGAUCAUGCUCAAGCAGGUGUAUCACGACUUUGAGACGGACCAGACGACGGAGAGGUCUUCCCGGAUCAGAUUGGUGGAUUUGGCUGGGUCGGAGAGGGCAAAGAGCACGGAGGCUACGGGGGUGAGGUUGAGGGAGGGGAACAAUAUCAACAAGUCGUUGACCACGUUGGGGAGGGUUAUCGCUGCGUUGGCGGAUCCGAAGAAGAACAACCGGGGGGGGACGAGCGUGGUGCCGUACCGGGACUCGAUCCUGACGUGGUUGCUCAAGGAUAGUCUGGGGGGAAACAGCAAGACGGCCAUGAUUGCGUGUGUGAGUCCUGGUGAUUACGAGGAGACGCUCUCGACGCUGCGGUAUGCGGACCAAGCGAAGAGGAUCAGGACGAGGGCGGUGGUGAAUCAGGACAUGAUGAGCAUGAAGGAGAGGGACGAGAGAAUUGCGGGGUUGGAGGAGGAGGUGAGGUUGUUGCAGAUGAGGUUGGAUGAGAAGAAGAGUGUGACGGUGGCGGAGAGGAGCGGUGGGGAGGCGGAAUACAAAAAGAGGAUGGUGGAGCAGGAGGGGAGGUUGGAGGAGUAUCAGGCUCAGGUGAGGAGGUUGAAUCAGAUGAUGGAGGAGAAGCAGAUGGUUGCUGAGGUGAGGGUUAGGGCUGUGGAGGUGGAGAAUGAGGCGCUGAAGAGGCACUUGGAGCUGUUGAAGGGGGAGGUGAGGGGGUAUAAGGAGAGGGAGGGGAAGGGUGUUGGUGGUGGGCCGGAGGUUACGGUCAUUGAGCAGCCUGCUACUAGUGAGGAGGAUGAGGAUGAGGGGGUGUGGGUUGAUGAGGAGGAGCAGGAAAGGGAGAGGAGGGAGAUUGAGGAGCUGGAGGGGUUGUUGGAUAUGGGGUAUGGGGUUUUGGAGGGGGUGAGGGGGUUGAGGAGAAAGUUGGAGGAUGAUCGGGAGAGGUUUGGGGUGGGGAGGGGGGAGGUUUGGCCUGAGGGGAGGGCGAGUCGGGAGGUGAAGGAGCGGGUGGAGGGGGUGUUGAGGGAGACGGGGUUGGGGUAUUUGGUUAAGGCUUGA